AUGGAGGUGGUGAAACGUUUGUUGGAAAGAUCGAUGCCUGCCAUACCCAAACUGAACUUCCCCAUUGUAGAUGUGAGGGACGUCGCUGAGGCUCAUAUCAAGGCCAUGGUAACACCAGAAGCAGCAGGCAAACGCCAUCUUGUUACCAGCAUAAACCUGUGGAUGAAAGAAAUGUCCCAAAUUCUCGCUAAAGAAUUUAAGCCUCAAGCUGAUGCAGACCAGAAAUUCACUAGCCGCGGGACUGAGGGCCAGUGGAUUUGCCAAACCCUGCUACAGAGGGACCUGACCCUGGCCGAGAACAUGCGUUCGAGCGGGGAACAGCUGAUAGCCGACGAGCACUAUGCUGUUGACUGCAUUCGACCCAAGUGCAUGGAACUGCAGCGCAUGUGUGAACAGUAUAAAGAGUUGCUACGGCGACACAACAAAAUCCUCAUCAAGUCGCAGGAUCUACAUGAUAGACUGGAAAAGGCUAACAGGUGGUGUAACCGUGGCGUCGACAUGUUGGCCAAUCAGCCAAUAGAACAGUGUCAGACCCAGGUGGGGGUGGACAAGGCGUUGCGGGAGAUUGACACGGUCCGCGGUCUCAGGCCGAGUAACCCGAGGGAAUUCCAUCAAGCCUUUGACGGCAUGAUGACCACAGAAACACGGGCCGUAGUACAGCAGGUGCUGAAGCGGAUUGAGGACGUUCAGAAGAUGUGUGAGAAGAGGAAGGAAAGUCUGCGCAGUCUGGUGUCCAAACCAUCGCGGUCACGCCCCGUGCAGCACGUGCUCCCAGAACCCAUGCCGCCACAGACGCCGGCCUCGACGGGUUACAAUGGCUUCGACCAGACUGACCUUGACCCCGAGGUCAGGAGGAAGGUGUUACUAGAAAACAAUAAAAGAAGUCCCCUCUCGCUGGAGAAAUCGGCCAGACACCGCGUGUUUGACAAGUCGGACAUCCAGCACCCAAUCCACAUCAGCUCGCCCGCCUACAGCAGCAGCAACAGCAGCCUCGCCCACAUGUCGGACAUCUCCAUGGCAACGGACUCGAACACACAGUGCAGUUCGUACUCCUCCAUGUCAUCUUCAUCCCUGCCAGAGAUCGACACCCUACAGGCCAAACGCAGGUCAGAGUUAAAGGUUGUUAUUUUUGUUCUCAUUAUUAUGUUUGUUUCUCUGCAGGAGUGUCAAAGAAGGCUUGGUCACAAAUUACCCCUCGGAGCUUUCUUACUCAAACCGAUUCAGAGAAUCACCAAAUACCAGCUACUACUCAAGGAGAUGUUGCGGUUCACGGGCGAGGACCGUGAGUUGGAGAGUCAGCUAUAGGAAGCUGUCGACACAAUGCUGGGAGUCUUAUGCUACCUCAACGACAGCAUGCACCAGGUGUCCAUCAUUGGAUACAGUGAAAUUCUUUCUGACUUUGGCCGUCUACUAAUUGGCAGUUUCAACAUGUGGACGGAACACGAGAAGGACCGUAUCCGGGACCUGCGGUUCAAGGCCAUGCACCGACACAUGUUCCUGUACGAACGCUCGUUGCUGCUGUGCAAGAAGAAGAAAGAUAACCAGAACUCGGAUGGUGCUAGCUACGCCUUCAAGAAAAAACUUAAACUCUGCGAUUCUGUGUGUAUCCAGGAACAUGGAUCGGUGCCACCAGUUGUUCGUCAUUCCUCCACUGCAGACGACUGAGUACCGCGAACACUUUGAACAGUCACCACCUUAGCACGAAAGUGUCGAUUGCAGGACCUUUGACGCAGUACAUAUACUCUUAAUGGGACGUAGCAGGCAGACUGGCUGUGACAUACCUUUGCAAUCUGGAGUGGAUAUGGUGGCUGAAGUGGAACCCGACUUCGUGACCAAGGCAAACUCGUCUAUAUUCAUCCGGACUACUGGUCGCAACUUCUCAAUGUGAGAUUCUGGACUUGCAUGUUCAUGCAGCAGAGUUUUACCCUUAUUCCAAGUCCGACUCUUUGUCCAUCUGACACAAUGAACGCCUCACCCGAGCUGACAGUUUGAUGCCACAGUACUUGCACUUUUCUAUCGUCGAUGUUCCCUGGGGCGUUGUUCAGCCUGUGGAUGGUGGAUGCAACUCUCCCAGUCAUCGUUCGUGAAUAGUUCACAUUCUUAGCUCUGCGAUUCUGUGUGUAUCCAGGAACAUGGAUCGGUGCCACCAGUUGUUCGUCAUUCCUCCACUGCAGACGACUGAGUACCGCGAACACUUUGAACAGUCACCACCUUAGCACGAAAGUGUCGAUUGCAGGACCUUUGACGCAGUACAUAUACUCUUAAUGGGACGUAGCAGGCAGACUGGCUGUGACAUACCUUCGCAAUCUGGAGUGGAUAUGGUGGCUGAAGUGGAACCCGACUUCGUGACCAAGGCAAACUCGUCUAUAUUCAUCCGGACUACUGGUCGCAACUUCUCAGUGUGAGAUUCUGGACUUGCAUGUUCAUGCAGCAGAGUUUUACCCUUAUUCCAAGGUGCAUGUCUCUUCUUGAACUGUGUCUUUCAUCUUGUAUUACCUGCCAUGGAUGUGACUCGUAGUGUAUAAAACAGUGAAAUACUUAUUGUGGUAUGCAUGUCCACCCUUAUAUAUAUCAGGUCAUGUGUGAUGUCACCUUCAGUUCUGAUACAUUAAAACAUUUCAAUGCAGUGGCAGUUGACAGCUUUUUUUGUUCACUGUAUAUUCUGAACUGCAUCU